AUGCCGCUGAAGUGGCCUGCUAGUGUGGUGUUUUCAGUACCAACUGCAGGAAAUUUAAUUUACUGCUCUGGUCUCAUAUUGGCCCGCUGUGGCAGCAAAGGAAUUCGUUUAAAAAACCUAGUGACAAUCGAAAAUGAAUCACUUCUACGCAGAACUCUUGUUACUUUGAAGAAGUGCGGAAAGUUUGCUUCCAUAUGGGUGGCAACAGAUUGUAACACAAUCGCCCAUGAGGCUUUGCUCUCAGGAGCUCGUGUAUUCAGGCGUUCCUCGCUAAGUGCCACUGAUACUGCUCCGUCAAUCAUGGCAGUAGAAGAAUUUCUCAUGCAAAGACCAGAAGUUAACAUUGUUGCACUCUUUCAGUGCACCUCUCCGUUCUUAGCACUGCCAUUCAUUCAUCGGGCAUUUGAGCUGCUGUCACAGGGUUAUGACUCGGUGUUCUCAGCAAACCGUGUGUACAAGCUGAGAUGGCAUCUGACAUCAGGCGGAGUGGCCCAGGCGGGCAACUUCGACCCAGCUCGGCGGCCGCGGCGGCAGGACUGGAGCGGCGAGCUGGUGGAGAACGGCAUGUUCUACUUCGUGGCGAGGCACCUCGUGGAGGAGGGCCUGCUGCAGGGCGGCCGGUGA